UGCUGGGCUUGCUCUUGCCUUUUUCCUCGGCAUAUAAAAACGACCGAGUAAAGUCUUGGCCAGCGUUCACUUACCAACCUCAACCCAAGGCGUCUACUCUGCAGCUCCGUGAAUUGAAUUCUGAAUUUGAUCUUUGAUUAGUAAAAGGUGAACGAAAUAUCACAAUGGGUCGUCAAAAUUUAGGAUGCUGCCUGGUUGCUCUAAUUGUCCUCCAGCUGGCACUUCCGGCUUUGGCUCUUCCUCAGAUGUUCAACAAAUUCGCUGAACAAGGCAGGAAAUUCGCCGUUAAACCCAACUCGAACAAAAAAGUGAUUACCGAAUCCAACGAAAUUGCGCCGACCGAACAGCAGAGCAAUGGCGGAUUCCAAUGGAGCAACAUUUUGGGCAUGCUCAUCCAGAUGUUUUUGGGUGGCUCUUCCGGCGGAAUUGACAAGGCAGACUCUGGAGUCAACGCAGUUCAGGGUGGCUUCAACUGGAUGAGCCUGGUGAACUUGGGCCUUCGUCUGAUGCUCUCCACUUUGAAUAACGGCGGCUCGGGAGUUGCAGGGGGACUCGACAAAGCCGAUUCCCAAUCCGGUUCUGCUGCGGCUUCUCUCUCUCAGGGUAUGCUGUUGCCUCUGAUGGCCAGCUUCUUGGGUGGUCAAGAAAAGGCCGAUGUCGCCUCAUUGGCCAAACAAGCCGGCAACUUGAUCCAGCUCAUUUCCAGCUUGAUGGAUGCCCUUAAAGUUAGCUUCUCUCAACGCAGCUCCACUGCCCGAUCCCUCGGAAGCAAGGACCCAUUCUCUGAUGCUGCCGUCGCUGCUGUCACAAUCAUGAAGGGAUACGUUGAUACCCACAAAACCACCGAUGAGGUUUGCAUGCAACGCAUCAUGUGCGAUGCCAAUAACGCUUGCGCUCGUGACGCUCCCGAUUCCGGCUACCUUUUCUGCCAGCUCGGAACUUAUGCUGCCAGCUACUUGUUGGAAAAAUCUACCUUCACCCCAUUGGAUGCUUACACCCAGGCUGGCCGACAGGGACGUACUGGCGAAAGCUGCGCUCAGAUCUACUCCCAGUGCAAUGAGCUCUAAACAACGAAAAAUAUUUGAUUGAAACUUUAUACUCCGUUUUUUUUUUUCAAUUUUUAUCCUCCCAACAACAACAACACAAAUGAUAAAACCCGCUCUAAUAAUUCCCUAAUUUAAAACAAAAAC